UGCCGACGGGGACCGAAAGCCUGGAAAUAUAAUCCUUCUCCCCGCUCUUCUUACUUCCACUUCUUCAGUUCUUCAGUUCUUCUGCUUGUUCUUGUUCUCUUCUAUUUCUACUCUUUUGAUCCAAGUAUUCUCUCAAAAUGUCUCUCAAAGUCGAUGCGUUCCCGUCCUCAAUUGCUUUUGACGCCAUCAAAAGCGCUCUCUCUGACGAAAAGGAAAAGAAGGCCGCUAUCAAGAAGGGCGGAGCUAUUUUCUCCUUUGAGCUGAAAAACGCUGCAGGCGAGACGCAGAACUGGUUCAUAGAUCUGAAGUCGUCCGGUGAGGUCGGCAAGGGUCUCGGACCGGAUGGGAAGAAGGCUGAUAUCGUCUUGAGUCUUUCGGAGGAUAACUUUGCAAAGCUUAUCGAUGGCAAGGCCAACGCACAGAAACUGUUCAUGUCGGGAAAGCUGAAGGUCAAGGGUGAUAUAAUGAAGGCCACCAAGAUUGAGACUGUUUUGAAGUCUGCUCAGGCCAAGGCCAAGUUGUGAUUUCUCUCUUUCUUUGUCUUUAUUUCCUUCUUGCUGUUGUUUAAUGACAUGCUUUGAUGUUUGUUUGCCUGAUUCCUGUUGUUCUACAGGAGUGAAGUAUAUCUAUUUACAAAAUAUUCCUAUCCAGCCAAACAAAUAUCAGUAUCAUAACAGUAGAUCUUAUACAAACACGCGAAUCAUCUGCUUUUAUAAUGAAA